AAUGCUUUCGUAGAUUUUUAACCAUUGUUUCCUGUUGGGGUGUUCUAUCAUAAUGUUCAAAUUAAUCACUUCUGAGGAGCAUUUGUGAAUUUCCACAGUACUAAAGAAAAGUCACUGCAGUAGGUGACUCAAUUCCAUUCUCUAAAAUGCUGUCCAAGCUAGUGGGAAAAAAUAGUGGGCACCUGGUAUCAAUUUUAUAAUUGGGUUUUUCCAUAUUAGAAUGGGAAUUUUGUGAAGACUCAAUUAAAAGGAGUGUCCUCCUAUUCUUCUGUCACCCAUCAGACUGAGUCGCACAUGAAUGCCAGCAUGCUGUCAUACAUACUCUUCUCUUGUUUGCUGCUCUCUGUGCAAGCACAGAAUUGCAGUGUCCGUGAAAUUAUCCGGUAUACAAAUCGUCUGCUUGAGGAAAGUUCUGUAAGUUGCCCAUGUAGGGAGACAGCUGUCAGUUCAUGUUCGUGUCUUCCCAUUGCUGAGCCUGGCCAUGAAUUGGCAUGCUUUGUGGAAGGAACCGAACACAUGCUGAAAAACAACAUAUCUUCCAAAGCAGUAGUUGCAAGGCUUAAUCUAACCUUUCAGAUUCAAUUGGACAGAAACCUCUGUGAAAGCCUGGCACGUGGGAAUCAAUGCCAGUACAAGACCAAGGGAAAUGUGACGGAAUUUUUGAGUAAGAUCCUGAGAACCUAUCAAGCAAUCAGUAAACCUAGGACUUAA